GUCGCUGGCACUGUCACAGGGUCACGCGUGAGGGAGCCGAGGGAGCCAAGGGCUGAGGCUUCGGAAGAAGGGAAGAGUUGUCUGAGCACAGUAUCGAGGCAAAUAGCAGCACGGUCAAGCUCGCCAGCCUCGGAGCAGCUCGGGCUCUCUCUGCCUUCUUAGACCUCUCCAUCCCUGCCAUUGAGCAAUUGCACUAAUCUGCAUGCUCUGUUCUCUCUCCUUCCACCUCCGACUUCCGUCUGCUUCCUCUCUCCGCCCUCUCCAUCUAUCAGCGCUGUGCUGAUCGAUCGGAAGUAGUGAGCAUUUCACAUCUCGUCUGGAAUCAUGGAUGACAAGGGAGGAAUCCAGAUGCUCUUGGCAGCGGAGCAGGAUGCUCAGCGCAUCGUGGCCAACGCCCGUUCUGGCAAGACGCAAAGGUUGCGACAGGCUAAGGAAGAAGCUGAGCGGGAGAUUGCAGCGUUCAGGGCCCAGAGGGACGCUGAAUUCAAGAAGAAGCAGGAGCUGUCAAGUGGGAGUGUUGACUCUAAUGUGAAGCGAUUGGAGGAAGAAACCGAUGCAAAGAUUGAGCGACUCAAAGAAGAAGCAUCUUCCAAGUCAAGCGAUGUCACGUCCUUUUUGUUGAAAUUUGUCACCACUGUCAAGGUUUGAGCAACUUUGGUGUGAUUACGAUUCAUACAUUCUGGAGUCUGACGUCUGCCUCUUUCUGGAAACAACGGAAUCUUUUGCGCCAGAGUAUGACUAUCCUCGGGAAUCUCUCAUCCGAAAGACUUUCUUGAUGGAACAACUAGUGGAGAUAUUGAUUUGUUUAUCAGACGCUGUCUAGAAUAAGGUCAAUUUCAUUCGUGUUAAUUUUCAGGACAGGUGAAUAAAACACUCUAGCAGUGCGUUUGUGUCUUACAUUUUACAAAGAUCUUGUGUAUAUCAUAUUCUUAAGACUAUCAUCUGUUCAUGUUCCCGUACACGUGUUCUGAAUAUCAUGAAA